AUGUCCAAGAAGCGUCGGACAGGGGAUAAGCUGGAGAACGAUGUCGUGGACGCCAAGGGCGCGGGCGCGGCCAUUGCCAGCGGCGUCACAGCAAGCGCCAUCGCGGCCUCGUACAACGACCAGAUCCGCCCCGUCCUCGACGCCGUAGACCGGCUGCGCCACCUCAAGGUGACCCAGGAGGGCAUCCAGCUGCCAACCAUCGUCGUCGUCGGCGAUCAGUCCAGCGGCAAGUCCAGUGUCCUCGAGUCCCUGGCCGGCAUCAGCCAGCCGCGUGGCCAGGGCAUCUGCACGCGCGUGCCUCUCGUCAUGCGGCUCCAGGGAGACCCUUCAGCCGACUCGCCCAAGCUCCAGCUUGAGUACAGCAACGGUCGCGUGGUGACCACCACCGAGGCCAACGUCGCGGACGCCAUCAACGCCGCCACAGCGGAGAUCGCUGGGAGUGGCAAGGGCAUCUCCGACGCACCCAUCACGCUCGUCGUGCGCAAGCGCGGCGUGCCCGACCUCACGCUCGUCGACAUCCCAGGUAUCACGCGUGUCCCCGUGCAGGGGCAACCAGAGGACAUCUAUGACCAGAUCGCAAAGAUUAUCAAGGAGUACAUCGCCCCGAAGGAGAGCAUCAUCCUGAACGUGCUCUCGGCCACGGUGGACUUCCCGACGUGCGAGUCCAUCCGCAUGUCGCAGCAGGUGGACCGCACUGGCGAGCGCACGCUGGCCGUGGUCACCAAGGUCGAUAAGGCUCCAGAGGGGCUGCUUGAGAAGGUCACCAUGGACGACGUGCACAUUGGCCUUGGCUACGUCUGUGUCCGUAACCGUGUUGGUGAGGAAACGUACGACCAGGCGCGCAUUGAGGAGGCGCGGCUGUUCAAGAAUCACCCGUUGCUUUCGAAGAUUGACAAGUCCAUGGUCGGCAUUCCAGUCCUUGCACAGCGGCUAAUGCAGAUUCAAGCGACCAUCAUUGCCAAGUGCCUCCCCGACAUUGUCAAGCAGAUCAAUGAUCGCCUCAUCCGCAGCAGCACCGAGCUCGACCAGAUGCCACCGGAUCUCAUUAACACUGGGGAUGCCGUAAGAGUGUUCUUCCACAUUGUCAAGAAGGUCUGCACUUCACUGGAGAAGAUACUGGUCAGGGGCGAGUUUGGAGGCUAUGCGGAUGACUGCAACUUCCAUGGCACAGCUCGUAUUGCAGAGAUGCUACAUAUGCAAAGAAGCUGCCAACGGAAUGCCCAAGGCAGCGACGAGAACUUUCUGACGGAGGAGAUGCGUGUUCUGGAGGAGACCAUGGGCAUCAACCUCCCCAACUUUCUGCCAAGAUCGGCGUUCCAUGUCAUGCUCAAGAAGAAGGUGGAGAUGGUUAGCCAAGUACCGCAAGAUCUUGUCAACGAGGUGUGGGAGUAUGUGGAGGACCUGGUGAUGAAAGUUUUGCUUCAGCACUCUGAAAACUUUCCACAGGUGCAGUCGUCAUGCCACCGCGCCAUCCAGAGCCUGAUGGAGAAGACCCGGGCACGGUCUGCGCAGCACGUCAAGGAGAUGAUAGAGAUGGAGCUGGUGGCAGACUAUACGGCGAACCCUGACUACAUGAAGACUUGGGAAGCCAUAAUGGAAGGUCAGAAGAAGUUCAUGGAUUCUGUGGACGACAAGGACAAGUCGAGGCCAUCUAAGAUUACCCUGGAAUGCUUUGGGGAAGUGGACGUGUGUCAUCUUAGGAUGCACGCUGACCUAGCAGCGCAGGCAUUUGACUUGAGGGCACGGCUGACCGCGUGCUGGAAGAGCAUAGUGCUCAGGCACGUCGAUGGGUUGGCGCUUCAUGUCCUCCGCGGUGUCAAGCGGCUCGUGGAGAACGAUCUCGAGGAUGAGCUGGCCAACAAGCUCCUGGGCAACAACAUGGCUGGGGUUGAGCGGAUGCUCUCGCCGCCGCCGAGCACCGGAACCAAGCGCGACCGCCUCAAGAAGAGCAUUGUCCUGCUUCAGCAAUCCAAGGAGGUUGUUGCAAACAUCAUGGACAGGAUUAGCGCGGCAGAUGAAGCCUAG